GAGACGAUGGGAUCUUUGGUACGCGUCUUACCUGCCCUCGUGGCCGCGAUAUCUUGCUUCACGGCGCUGGCCAUCGACGUCCCCAGCCCGCGGAACCUCAACGCCUACAACAACUCAGCCGCCGACGGUCCCUACUACGAGUUCCUGGACUACGCCCCCGACCUGAGGGACCAAGGCAUGGAUAACUCCAUUAAAGUCGUCUGCGGCACUGGCGUAUGGUUGUUGUAUGAUGGGUACUACUACGGUGUAGAAAAAGAAGGUCCUGCUUUAUUUGCCAAUGGCUACGGGUGCGCCAACUAUACGAAUUCCUAUUACUAUGAUAAGAUAUCUUCUCUGCGGUACGCAGGCAGCCCCAACGGUUUUGACAAUGCCUACUACAACCUCUACGAGGGUGGCGGCUUCACGGGCAAUGAAUUCAAAGGCAACAAAAACGCCCCGGACGUCUCCUACUUGGACAUGAAGGUGUCCUCCUUGAUUACAAGUGGAGAAUCGCCAUGGACUUUCUUCACGGGCCAGAACUACACCGGGGAGGCCGUGUGCGUGUAUCCUUGGGACGAGUACGGCGUUUUGACUUUCACAGCUGGAUCAAUGUCAUACUACAUGGGAUUAGCGGACAACUCGAUCAGGUCGGUGGCCAAGGGCUGUCUUUCCGACAACAUUCAUGGUGGGCCCCACUGACAAGUGCUGCAUGAAGUCGAAGACUUCCUGCCUUGAUAAAUAAAUGAAUAUAUGAUUCCAAACGACA